CAGCGUUCCCCCAUCCGCCUCCCCGGGAGGUUCAGACCAGACCCGGAGGGUGCGACACGGGCCUGAUCCGGGCCGGGAGCGCGGAGGUGCCGCGGCUGGAGAGGCGGUGGGGAGAGCGAGCCUCCGGUCGGCCCCUCACUGCGGGGAGGCACGAGAGGCUGGCGCCCUGUCUUCCCUGAAAACCCUGAAAUCGCGGUGUCAGAUGGCCAAGUCAGUGGGCCUCGACUUCCCCGGGCGGGGCACUGGCGGCUCCUGAGGAGAAGCCGGACAGAAAGGGGCUUUACGCCCCUGCUGUGAGGAAAUACACCUGGAUGAUCCUAUGUGGGGCACUCACAAGGAAAAAGAAGUUCAGAUACAGAGGUCUUCUGAGUUAGAGCUGCUGUAUUAAGGUGAUGUAAGCAUUUCAGUUACACACGAGAGAGGAAACAGGCAUGUCAGCUCUUUGUCCACCACCGUCUCCUGCAGUUGCUAAAACAGAGAUCUCUUUGAAUGGCGAGUCACCUUUAUUAGCUGCCACUUUUGCUUAUUGGGACAAUAUUCUUGGGCCCCGAGUGCGGCAUAUCUGGGCUCCAAAGACAGAACAGGUACUUCUCAGUGAUGGUGAAAUCACUUUUCUUGCUAACCACACUCUGAAUGGAGAAAUACUCCGGAAUGCAGAAAGUGGUGCAAUAGAUGUGAAGUUCUUUGUUUUGGCAGAAAAAAGGGUAAUCAUUGUGUCAUUAAUCUUUGAUGGAAACUGGAAUGGAGACAGAAGCACAUAUGGACUAUCAAUUAUACUUCCACAAAGUGAACUUGGCUUCUACCUGCCACUUCACAGAGUGUGCGUGGAUAGAUUAACACAUAUUAUAAGGAAAGGAAGAAUAUGGAUGCAUAAGGAGAGGCAAGAACAUUUCCAGAAGAUUGUCUUGGAAGGCACAGAAAGAAUGGAGGAUCAGGGUCAGAGCAUCAUUCCAAUGCUGACAGGAGAAGUCAUUCCUGUAAUGGAACUCCUUUCAUCUAUGAAAUCACACAGUGUUCCAGAAGAAAUAGAUAUAAGUGACACAGUGCUAAAUGAUGAUGACAUUGGGGAUAGUUGCCAUGAAGGCUUUCUUCUCAAUGCAAUUAGUUCACACCUGCAGACCUGUGGUUGUUCAGUAGUUGUAGGAAGCAGUGCAGAAAAAGUAAAUAAGAUUGUGAGAACAUUGUGUCUGUUUCUUACACCAUCUGAACGAAAGUGUUCCAGGCUCUGUAGAAGUGAGUCAUCUUUCAAAUACGAGUCAGGACUUUUUGUUCAAGGCUUACUUAAGGACGCAACAGGAAGCUUCGUGUUGCCCUUCCGUCAAGUAAUGUACGCCCCAUACCCUACCACACAUAUAGAUGUGGAUGUCAAUACAGUGAAGCAGAUGCCCCCUUGUCACGAGCACAUCUAUAACCAACGACGAUACAUGAGAUCAGAGCUGACAGCAUUUUGGAGAGCUAAUUCAGAUGAAGAAAUGUCUCAAGAUCAUAUUAUCCACACUGAUGAGAGUUUUACACCCGAUUUAAAUGUCUUUCAAGAUAUCCUGCAUCGAGAUACUUUAGUAAAAGCUUUUCUGGAUCAGAUCUUUCACCUGAAGCCUGGCUUGUCUCUAAGGAGUACUUUCCUUGCACAAUUUCUGCUGGUCUUGCACAGAAAAGCCUUAACUUUAAUAAAAUACAUAGAGGAUGACACGCAAAAAGGAAAAAAACCUUUUAAGUCUCUUCGUAGCUUGAAGGUAGAUCUUGACUUAACAGCAGAGGGCGAUCUUAACAUAAUAAUGGCAUUGGCUGAGAAGAUUAAACCAGGUCUACAUUCCUUCAUCUUUGGGAGGCCAUUCUAUACCAGUGUACAAGAACGUGAUAUGCUCAUGACGUUUUAAAGUUCUCCACAUGUCUGAUAUUGCACGGAAUCUGUCAGUGUGACACCACACUGGUGACAAUCAUUGACGACUGAGGAUGUGGCCUCAGGAGCUCAGUAACACUAAGGUGUGUCCGAAGCAGGAGGGGUCUUGUUAGAGGGUAUAUCAGCUUAGCUAGACAAGCAUGAUUAUUUUAAUGCAUUUGUCUCUUCUAUGUGCUUUUUUUUAACUGUAAAAGUAAAUGUUACCAGAGGAUCCUUGGCCAUAUUGGCUUAGUAGAUAAAUCUGAACAUGUUUUGGUGUAUGAUAAAGGGAAGCAUUUUAAUUUUCAUUCCCCAGAAACUUCCUUCAAGUGUAUGUCAGUUUUUCCCUGUUCUGCUGUGUCAGUAGUUUCAGUUCUUCCACGGAAAACAAUACAUGUGUCGUCUCCAAUCAUGGAGGUUUCAGAAUAGGCACUUUCCAAGAGUUUCAAAGAGUUUUUAAAAGUGUUUGUUCAUAUGUAUGUGGUACUAAUCUGAAUAUAAAAAUUCCCUUAUCUCCCUUUUUAACACCGCUGGCUCCUUCUUUUAGAGCAUUUAAACGUUUGGAAUUUUUAAUAUACUACAAGGUACUAUUCUUGUGUGCAAGCUGUUGAUUAUUAGCAACCUAAACAGCAGCGUGCUGCACAUGGGAACUAGGUCAUUAUUCAAGCAGCUUUGUGCAUGUAAGUGCCAACCAGGAUACUCUGUCAUGUGUUGUUGUGCACAUCCUGCAGUGAAGUGUGCAGCGAUCCAGCAUUAUGGAGCUCUUCCAAAACACAAAACUGAAAACUUGGUGUCUCCCACAGCACACUCCUGAAAAAAAUGGCAGCCCAGUUUGGACAGGGGCACUCUGUGCUGGGUUAGGAACUGGCUGGAGGGCCGGGCCCAGAGAGUGGUGGGGAACGGUGCUGCAUCCAGUUGGGAUCCAGUCACUAGUGGUAACCCCAGAGAUCAGUGUUGGGCCCAGUUCUGUUUAAUAUCUUUAUUGAUGAUUUAGAUGAGGGGAUUGAGUCCACCAUCAGCAAAUUUGCAGGUGACACCAAGCUGGGGGGGAGUGUCGAUCAGCUGGAAGGCAGGAGGGCUCUGCAGAGGGACCUGGACAGACUGGAUGGAGAGUUGGGCUGAUUCCAAUGGGAUGAGGUUCAACAAGGCCAAGUGCCGGGUCCUGCACUUUGGCCACAACAACCCCCUGCAGUGCUACAGGCUGGGACAGAGUGGCUGGAGAGCAGCCAGGCAGAGAGGGAUCUGGGAGUCUGGAUUGACAAGAAGCUGAACAUGAGCCAGCAGUGUGCCCAGGUGGCCAAGAAGGCCAAUGGCAUCCUGGCCUGGAUCAGGAACAGUGUGGCCAACAGGUCCAAGGAAGUGAUUCUUCCCCUGUACUCAGCACUGGUGAGAUCACACCUGGAGUGCUGUGUCCAGUUCUGGGCCCCUCAGUUCAGGAAGGACAUUGAGGGGCUGGAGCAGGUCCAGAGAAGAGCAACGAGGCUGGUGAAGGGACUUGAACACAAGUCCUAUGAGGAGAGGCUGAGGGAGCUGGGGCUGUUCAGCCUGGAGAAGAGGAGGCUCAGGGGAGAUCUCAUCACUCUCUACAGCUACCUGACAGGAGGUUGUAGCCAGGUGGGGAUUGGUCUCUUCUCCCAGGCAACAAUCAUCAAGACAAGAGGGCAUGGCCUUAAGCUGUGCCAGGGGAGGUUUAAGUUGGAUAUUAGAAAGAAAUUCUCUACAGAAAGGGUAAUCAGGCAUUGGAAUUGGCUGCCCAGGGAAGUGGUGGAUUCUCUGUCCCUGGAGGUUUUUAAGGUAAGACUGGAUGUGGCACUUAGUGCCACGAUCUGGUAACCACGGCGCUGUUGGAUCAAGGGUUGGACUUGAUGAUCCCUUCCAACCCAACUGAUUCUAUGAUUCCACAGCACUUGUCAGUCUUUCUGUCUGUAAACUGCUACUGGUAGUUCCAUUAUCAGUUUCAAUAAGGUUCAUAGAAUCAUUUGGAUUGGAAAAGACCUCCCAAAUCAUUGAGUCCAACCAUUAACCCAGCACUGCCAGGUCCACCAUUAAAACAUGUUCCUAAGUGCCACAUCUACACAUUUUUUUGUACCCUUCCAGGGACGUUGAUGCCACCACUUCCCUGGGGAGCCUGUUCCAGUGCUUGACAAAACAUUCAAAUUCAAGUAUUAGACCUUCCCAAAGAACACUAAGAUGAUGGACAAACUAAAAGAUAAAACAGUAUUUUUUUAAUUUUACAUCACCAAUAAUAUAUUUAGCAAUCCUUAACUCAGAAACGAGCACAGCUAUGAACUAAUGUGAUCAGUAUUUUACUAAGUUAAUUCUCGUUGUUAAGCUUGAGUACCUUCUUAGUUCAGCUUAGCACACCUCCCAUUUUCGCUUGAAAAUAAAACCACAUUUUAUAUUUGUAUGCCUCAACCUUUCUUUCUCAGUAGAAAGUAGAGUGAUGUGGUGUCAGUUGAAAUCCAGACUCUUUUUUGGUGAUGUGUGUUACACUGAAAUCAGGGGUACAUCUGUACUGCAUGGUGUUGUAUCUUUUCUCUUUUUGGACAAACACAGGAAUUUGUGUCAUGCUUCAGUAUAAAGUUAUAACUCAAUAUUCGUUGUGAAGGAGCUGCACUUGUGAUUGGAGAAGCCACGAUUGCUUUAUGGCUUACACUGUUUAUAACACUCCUUGGUUAACAGGUUUCUGUUUUCAAGAUAUCUUUUUAGUGUUACUUUCAUGCAGUGAGGCAUAAAAGUUAACAGAAGUUAGAUUCACAACUUUUUCUGAAAUGUCUAACACUUGGAUUUUAAAAGAAAUACUGUCCCUUAUUUAGAUUCCUUACAAAAAUUCCCUUACAUUUUCUGAAAGACAAAGAUUUGCAAUUAAAUGUUUAGAGCUUCUGGAAGACAUGGAAUUUAUCCCCAACUGCACACCAUUUUUGUCAAUGACCAUCAUCAGCAUUACCUGGUUGCAAAAGUAAUUACAUUUUGUGGAGCCAUCUUUUUGCUGUACAUGCAUGUAGGACUCUUGCAGUGAGCUUGGCAAUUCAUCAAAAGAACUUGUCAGAAUUAUGCUGACAUAAGUAACUUGUGCUGAGAUUCUGUUAGUCUUCCUACCAUUCCCGUUGCCUUCUGUGUUUUCAAUUAAUUGAGGCAUUAGAAAAGAGCCUGAUUUUGCUUAAGUUUUUACUGUCAUGUCUGAGAUAGUGAAAUAAAUUUAAUAAACACUGCUGAAACUUCUAACGUAGAAGUUGUGCCAAAAUCUAAGGAGCUUUAAAUCUGCUGCUGAAAUUAACCCUUUCAGCUUGAUAGGUAUUGGAAACUUAACACUGACACUACUAACAAUCAAGAUAUUUGUUUACUGAAGAUCCUGUCACUUUGAAAUUACUAAAAACUACAACCUCUCUCAAUUGCUGCUUUUGUUGCACAGCUGUCACAAGUGCACUGUCACAAGUGCAGAAUGUGUAGUGAAGUACAUUGUUAAAUGUAUCUGCAUGUUGUGUUGUAAAUCUUGCUCAGGAAACAAACUAAUAAAAUUCAUGCACAAGUUUUGACUUUAA